GUUACCACCAAAGAACAUCAUUUUGGUUUAGGGGCUCCAGUUUCUGAAGCUGAAAAAUACCAGAAUACUCUCCAACUAGAACAAGAAGUGAGAAACCAAGAUAGAUUCAUCUCUACACUGAAAUUACAGAUUGAAGACCUCAAACAGACAAAUCAUGGCUUGGAAGAAUGCGUUAGGAAACUCUUGCAUAGUAAGGAAGUGGUAAGCAGUCAAGUAAACGAUUUAACCAACCACAAUGAGCAUCUUUGUAAAGAAUUGAUUAAAAUUGACCAACUAGCAGAGCAACUAGAAAAAGAGAAAAAUUUAGUGGUGGAUACUGCCGAUAAGGAACUUGAAGGAGCAAAGAUUGAACUCAUUUGCCAGCAAAAUAAUAUAAUAGUAUUAGAAGAUACAAUAAAAAGGCUUAGAUCUAUAAUUUUAGAGACUGAAAAAGCACAAAAUAAAUCUCCUUCUAGACUUGAUUCCUUUGUAAAGACUUUAGAAGCAGACAGAGAUUACUACAAAAGUGAAGCUCAGAAUUUGAGAAAAAUGCUCAGAAGUAGAUCUAAAAGUCCAAGACGCCUGUCUCCAUCUUCUCGGGGUGCAAACUGUGAUGUAGAGCUUUUGAAGACAACAAGAGAUCGUGAAGAACUUAAAUGCAUGCUGGAAAAAUAUGAGCGUCAUUUGGCAGAAAUUCAGGGUAAUGUCAAGGUUCUUACAUCUGAGAGAGACAAGACCUUCCUUCUUUAUGAACAGGCACAGGAAGAAAUUGCUCGACUUCGAAGGGAAAUGAUGAAAAGCUGUAAGUCUCCAAAAUCAACAACAGCACAUGCUAUUCUCCGGCGGGUAGAGACUGAAAGAGAUGUGGCCUUUACUGAUUUACGAAGAAUGACCACAGAGCGAGAUAGUCUGAGAGAAAGGCUAAAGAUUGCUCAAGAGACAGCAUUUAACGAGAAGGCUCAUUUGGAGCAAAGGAUUGAGGAGCUGGAGUGUACAGUUCAUAACCUUGAUGAUGAACGUAUGGAGCAAAUGUCAAAUAUGACUUUGAUGAAGGAAACCAUAACCACUGUGGAAAAAGAAAUGAAAUCACUAGCAAGAAAGGCGAUGGAUACUGAAAGUGAACUUGGAAGACAAAAAGCAGAGAAUAAUUCUUUGAGACUUUUAUAUGAAAACACAGAAAAAGAUCUUUCUGAUACUCAGCGACAUCUUGCUAAGAAAAAAUAUGAACUACAGCUUACUCAGGAGAAAAUUAUGUGCUUGGAUGAAAAAAUUGAUAAUUUUACAAGGCAGAGUAUUGCACAGCGAGAAGAAAUCAGCAUUCUUGGUGCAACCCUCAAUGAUCUGGCUAAAGAAAAGGAAUGCCUGCAAGCAUGUUUGGAUAAAAAAUCUGAGAAUAUUGCAUCCCUUGGAGAGAGUUUGGCCAUGAAAGAAAAGACCAUUUCAGGCAUGAAGAAUAUUAUUGCUGAGAUGGAACAGGCAUCAAGACAGUCUACCGAAGCCCUAAUUAUGUGUGAACAAGAUAUUUCCAGAAUGCGUCGGCAAUUGGAUGAAACGAAUGACGAGCUGGCUCAAAUUGCUAGGGAAAGAGAUAUCUUGGCUCAUGAGAGUGACAAUCUCCAAGAACAAUUUAACAAAGCCAAACAAGAAAACCAGGCACUGUCCAAAAAAUUGAAUGAUACACAUAAUGAACUUAAUGACAUAAAACAGAAGGUCCAAGAUACUAAUUUGGAGGUUAACAAGCUAAAGAAUAUAUUGAAGUCUGAAGAAUCUGAAAACCGGCAAAUAAUGGAUCAACUCCGAAAAGCCAAUGAAGAUGCUGAAAACUGGGAAAAUAAAGCCCGGCAAGCUGAGGCAGAUAACAAUACCCUCAAAUUGGAACUUAUCACUGCAGAAGCAGAGAGUAACAGAUUAAAAGAAAAAGUAGAUGCUCUCAACAGAGAAGUUGAGCAACACUUAAAUGCAGAAAGGUCUUACAAAUCCCAGAUUGCAACCUUGCAUAAAUCUCUUGUGAAGAUGGAGGAGGAGCUUCAGAAAGUUCAGUUUGAAAAAGUGUCUGCUCUUGCAGAUUUGUCUUCCACAAGGGAACUCUGUAUUAAACUUGACUCAAGCAAAGAACUUCUUAAUCGACAGCUGGUUGCUAAAGAUCAAGAAAUAGAAAUGAUGGAGAAUGAGUUAGAUUCUGCUCGUUCUGAAAUAGAACUCCUCAGGAGUCAGAUGACAAAUGAAAGAAUCUCCAUGCAGAAUCUAGAAGCUUUGCUGGUGGCCAAUCGAGACAAAGAAUAUCAGUCUCAGAUAGCACUUCAAGAAAAAGAGUCUGAAAUUCAGCUUCUUAAAGAACACCUUUGUUUGGCAGAAAAUAAAAUGGCCAUUCAGAGUAGAGAUGUGGCCCAGUUCCGAAAUGUUGUAACGCAACUGGAAGCUGAUUUAGAUAUUACUAAAAGACAGCUGGGGACAGAACGCUUUGAAAGGGAAAGGGCUGUACAAGAACUUCGCCGCCAAAAUUACUCAAGUAAUGCUUAUCAUUUGAGUGCAAUGAAACCAAAUACAAAAUGUCAUUCACCAGAACGUGUUCACCAUCUAUCUCCUGACCGAGGCCUAGAUCGAUCGUUAGAAGAUUGAUGAAAGACACCACCUUCACUUGUUUGGAGUCUGGCUGUUGAUCACACAGGUUCCCAGAUGACCAGGUUCAUUCAAAGGAUACAUCAAGGUCUUUAGACAAGUAAAACUUCUAGAGGAACACGAGCACCAACAGUUUCUACUUAAUGCAAGCAGUGUGGAGUCCAAGGUGAAGGUGUUAGCGGGGCUGGUUCCUCCUAAGGGCUUCAAGGGACAAAUUCAGCCCAUGACACUUUGCCAGGGCAGGUCUAUGGAAUGAUUCAUCCAGGGAAAAUUCAGUCCCAUCACUAGCUUGUGACCCUUCUGGGGUCUCUACUGAUGAGGUGUGUGAAGUCCAAGGACUCUCCUUGAGGACCUCAACUGGUCAGAUCUGGACCCUCCCUCCAUCUGGGUGAGCCCUGAAAAUUGUGCCACUUACAAGUUCUUGGUCACCUUUGGCUAGACUUGUAAGAAUUUCCUUCGUGCUGCACAGCCUAAUAUCCAGCACAGACCAGCUCUUUUCCCCCAAGGCUGUAUCCUUUCUGGAACUUUGCUCUGCAAAUUCCAGCUCCUCCAGCUUCCCUGAAUUCUGAUCUUCAUUUCCUUAACUCAGCAAAGCUGCCAGACUCCAGAUACCUUCUCUCUGCCCACGCAGUCCGGAAACCACCUUCAGGCAGGAGGCCAAGGUGAUCUUAGGACUCAACUUGUUUUCCUUUUCUCGAAGAUCACAGUCCUAUGCUGCUGGUAAUCAAAUGAACAUAAUUAUUUCAUAUCAUUUUUCCAGACUUCUGCUUGUUCAGCCUUCCUUACUCCAUUGUAUUCAAGGGCAGAAGUUCAGAAUGAAUUUUAAAAAUUCUCUUUGAUUUUUGCAGCUGAGCUAUAAAUUCACCUGUAAAAAUGUACAAUCCACAGCUUUAACUGUUUUCAGCACCUUGAAUACUGGAAUGUGCUACUUGUGCAACGCAGCUUAGCUAAAAGGCCUGCACAGCCAUCUUCCCAGAAGAUCAUGAGGGCUCGCUAAUGACAUUAAUCACAGGGCCUCUUCCAGCCAGAGCCUGAUUGUGCACCAGUCAGCAGGAAUAGGUUAGUUUAGCUCAAUCUGUUCUCAGGCCACAGGGGGAAGAUAAGUCAUGGGAGACAGAAGGUGGUGUCCCUAAACUUCAGGCAAUCCCAGAAAAGCACGGGAACCCGCCUACCCAUAUGCAGCUCUCACAGCUCAUUGGUUUUAUUGUUAUGGCCCCAUAGGCUAAAAAAGAAAUGCAUUCAAGUUUCUGCCAAACAUUUGAGUUCAGAAGCAUCAAAUGAUCUUGGCCCAAUUAUCAGAAUUUCUCUCAUCUCUCCAUGAUAGAGAAGAGGACAGGUAAGUUCUCAGUUCAUCUGUGGGUCAGGCCUCACACUAAGUGCUUUGGGGUCAGACCCCAUUGGUUCUCAAUUCUGGUUUUCCAAUUUAUUAACUACUUGAGCCUUGGCAAGUUCCCUCCAAGUUCCUAAGUCCUGACAUGGGGAUAAUAUUUAUCACAUACGUGUAUCACAAGCAUUAAAAUAGCAGAAAAGUUGUGUCUGCCACCCAAACCUGCUAUGUGACUCACUCACGGGACAGCAGCCUGGGCUUGGUAUUGCAAAGAGAGGUUAUUGGAAAGACUUGCACCCCGACACUGCCUCUCCAAAUCUUCUGCCCAGUGCUUUUUGCCAACCAGUGUGCAUUUUCUAGGGCUUUUUCUUCAAGAGUUUAGAAAAUGACACACACCCUCUAUUAGGGAAAACAUCAAGUGGAUAUUUGUUAUUUAACCCUUUGAAGGGAUUGGUUUACAAGCAUGCUGGUUGACUAACUGAGGUUUAUACAAUGUUACAUUUGAAUAAAAGCUCAGUGAUGGGCCAUAAAAGGGGAACUUGUCUGUAGGUGGUGGGUGUAGGGCAUCUGCCAUUUAGGUCUCAGAGUUGCACCAGAACCAAGUUUCCCCUACAUCAUAAUUUCACACAGGGUCACCACCCCUGGGCACUUUUGCAUAGAAUCAACACUGAUUAGACAACAAGCACUUGCUGUAUAUACAUGAAGUAAAGGACAGACUCUCAGACAUUUUGGAUGGGAGGAGAUGAUAGAGAACAUGAUGCAAAGAUUACCAGAUGUUUAGAGUUAUCCUGCCAGUGGAUGACACCCCAUUUCUUUUCAGCAAGUCUCAAAAAUGCCACAGGCCUCGUAGGCACAGUCAGACCCUGGAUACAUCAUUCCCUCUCUCCCAUUUUUCCAUGGAAACAAUGAAGCAAUUAUUCCACAUCCUACUUUCACUCCAAACCCUAUUUUUAGCAUUCCCGUUUGCUAUAGAAACAUUUGCCUGUUCCACCACCUGAUGUCACAGCACUUCACCCACAGAGGUGAAGAAGGACUGAACUCAAGCAGUUUUCAGAAAAACAGUGUUUCAAGCACCAAACAACUGCUUUCUGAGCAGCUUUUGUUCAUAACUCAGCCACAAAUAAGGAACAGCUCAAAUAUUGACCAUUAUAAAUCUUUGCAAUUGAAAUUCUUUCCUUUUUUGACCAUCAGAAAAUAAGGUGCUGUUUUCCUAUCAAAUGAAUUAGCAGACUGCUGUUAAUUUGUUCUGCUAAGAAAAAAAAAAUCAGAUGUCUAUCCAAAUUUCGUUGAUGAUGACCAGAGACUCAGCUGCAGAAUCAGACCAAGAGCUGAGCUGUCUGUAGAAGGGUCGGGCAGGGUGCACCUGUACACCUUCUGGGUGCAGGCGGGAGGUGGGCUUGACCAUCAGUGGGUAACCUUGGGGCCACUCUCUUGCCCUUGAGAAAAUGAGGCCGAAGAGUAUGUGCUCUAAGAUCCUGGGUAGAUCUAACCUUGCAAAUCUGCAUUCCAGUCACGUAGCACAUCAUGCUGGGGAGGCAAGAGAAGCACCAGGAAGCUCCAUCUAAAUGAAAAUCGUGAACGGCGUUGGGUACCCAGGAACACAGCAGUGCGUUCAUGGGCAGAGAUUAUCACUCUUAUUCAGUGCCUUACAUUUAUACUCCCACAUUUGUUCUCCUUGCUUCUAAAUUAGUCAGUGUAAAGACUUUUAAAAGAUUAGCUGGUUUAAAGCCACAUUUGCAAAAGGAGCUAUGUGGGCCAGCACAUAAAUCACAUACACACUUGCCUUAUCUCUCGGCCCAAGAGAAAAGUAGUGGUUCAACUUUUUCUUGGUAACUAUAAUGAGUUCUCAGUUCUUAUAUUUAAAAUAUUAUUCCACAUAAACACAAAAUGGGCCGUGUUCCAAAAUCAUCUUUUAGAUUGAUCCAUGAUCCAGGAAGCUGACAGUACCUUUGGAUAUACAAGUAGCAAGUACUAUCAGAAAUAGUCAAGGAUUAAACAUUAAAAUGCAAAGUUUCAUGGAAAAUAACAUUAUUAGGUCAGGUGCAGUAGUACACACCCGUAAUCCAGGUGACUCAAGAGGCUGAGGCAGGAGGAUUGCACAUUGGAGGCAUUUGAGACCCCG